UUUUUUUGCCCUUCCAAAGGUUUUUGGGUUCACGCAAUAAAUCACACCCCAUCUGGUUUGGCAAUUUUGGUCUCAUUUCAUUGAUCUUUCAUUCCUUCCAUCACUAUCCAUUUUCCUCUCUAGCGGUUCCUUUGUCGAUGUCAUGGUAAUUACCCGUGUUGGGCCUGAUGACGAUGUUUCUGUUAAGAAGCAAAAUUCAGUUCCUUUUCCAACAACAACCUCUGAUAAUGUAGCUUCCUGUUUCGAUUGCAACAUUUGCCUUGACUCAGCACAUGAUCCUGUAGUCACCCUCUGCGGUCACCUCUACUGCUGGCCUUGCAUUUACAAGUGGUUCCAGGUUGAGAGCUCUGGACCAGCAGGAUCAUCUAAAUGUCCAGUCUGUAAAGCUCGCAUUUCAAACUCCUCAUUGGUACCUCUCUAUGGUCGUGGGAUAUCAUCACUGGAGUCCGAACCCAAGAAGUCUCAAGAAGAUGUGGAAAUACCUCAUAGGCCUCGAGCGAUUGGAACAACCACUCCGCGUAAUUCACCGUCUCCAAUUUCUCACUUGCAUCAGCGACUUCGUCCCACAUUUCAACAUCACCGGCAAUACAUUCCCCAAGCCUUUGGUAGCUUUGCAGCUAUGGCUCCAUCUAGCUUUGGAGAAAUGAUCUCUGCAAGAAUGUUUGGAAGCACAGGCACACGUGUAAUAGCUUAUCCUCAUCCGAGCUCUUACGUAAUCCGAGGAAGUGGUGGUGGUCCUAGGAUGGGAAGGGAAGAAAUGCAGGUGGACAAAUUUCUUAACAGAUUGUCCAUCUUUCUUUUCUGCUGCUUCAUCCUGUGCCUUCUCCUGUUUUGAGGGUCAUGUAAUGUUUCUCUUCUCUUCUAUGAUACAUUUGUAGAAAUAUGCGUCUGUGCUUACAACAGUCAGGUAGUAGUUCAUAGUGGAAAAGUAUAGACUAGUAAGAGAUUUAGCAGAUAGCUUUAUACACCCUGCAAAGGUUGCUUCAUUUCCUUCUCUUUUGGCAAAACAGUAUUGUUUUUUUAGAAACUGGCAACACAAAUGAUACAUGCUAAAUGCCUUGGUGAACAUUUUGGCCCA